CCCUGCUCUAGCAGCCUCCCAGUUGGAGGAACUGCAUCUGAGCUGCAACACCCUGGGCGACAUGGGACUGAAGCUGCUCUCUGCUGGACUGGAGGAUCCACACUGUCAGAUACAGAAACAGGGACUGAGGCAGUGUAAUCUAUCAGAGUUAUCCUGUGAGUCCCUGUCCUCUGUCCUGUGUUCAAACUCAACCCUGAUAGAGCUGGACCUGAGAGACAACGACUUGGGGGAUUCAGGAGUGGAGCGACUCUCUGCUGCACUGGGGGACCCUCGCUGUGCCUUGCAGGUUUUGGGGCUGUCUGGUUGUCUGGUCACAGAGGAAGGCUGUGCUUCUCUGGAUUCAGCUCUGAGGUCAAACCCCUCCCACCUGAGAGAACUGGACCUGAGCUACAAUCACCCAGGAGACUCUGGAGUGAAGCUGCUCUCUGCUAGACUGGAGGAUCCACACUGUAGACUGGAUAAACUCAAUGUGGACUUGUGUGGAGAGUGCAGGAUCAAACCAGGCCUGAGGAAAUAUUCCAGUGAGCUCACCCUGGACCCAGAUUCUGCACACAUUGACCUGAGGCUGUCUGAGGAUAGGAGGACAGUGUUGUGGAGAGAGGACAAUGCUAACAGUCAAAGUAGUGCUAGCAUAGGAAACGAAGCUAGCAAUGCUAACAGUGGGGAUGGUGCUAGCAUAGGAAACGAAGCUAACAAUGCUAACAGUGGGGACGGUGUUAGCAUAGGAAACGAAAGCUACCAGAGGGGAAGAAUCAAAUAA